UCACCAUUGAAAAGUUAACCACCAUUUGUUUUGUGUCUCGAGUUAAGAGAUAUAACAUGAAUAUUAUUGUAGAAGGUUUUUUUUCGCAGGGUUUCAUUUCCGGUGUUCUCCGGGUACCAUGUUUAAUAGGACGUUCUACUCCGGAUGGAAGUUUGACUUGAAACCUGAGAAAUUCCCCGGUAGACGGGGAACGUAUUGAACCUCGGACUAUGUGCGCGCGUCUCUACCGUCUGUGCGCGUAUCCUGACCGGACAGUUGAAUCUAAGAUGUGUGCGCGUGAAGACGCGAAGAGUGAGCGCCCUUUUACAAUAUUAUGUGACAUUUGAUGGGAUAAUUUUACAAGAUAUAUAACACGCAAACACUAGAUUAGAAACAGAGAAAAACAAAACUUGCAAUCUUGCAAAUCUGUCCGGGUUUAAAGAUUUAGUCACUUUUGGAACAUUGUAAACAUUGAAAGGGCUAUAUUAGAAAAAUAUUCUCCGAAAGAAAAGAACUUUGUUUAUAAUUCAAAAGAGCAAAAACCAGUGACCAGUAGCUCAGGACUAAGACCUAGAUUGCUUUUCUUAUGAAUUUCAGUUUGCCCGAGGCAGGGAUGUGUGAGAAACUAGGACUAACUCUCCUAUUGUAAAAAGCGAUGUGUUAAAUAACUGAGAAAUAAAGGAUUUCCCGACCUAACUUUUUACUCCUCUCUGUAAAAUAUCUUACGAGAAAUCAACAAAACUCUGUCACGAUAUUUUGUCUCCGGAGGGUUUCCUAAGUUGCUCCCUGACCCGAACCUGUCGAGAGUUGCUCCCUGACCUGAACCCUGUCAGAAGUUCUUCGUGAUCCGUCCCACCAGGGAACCGAGUCAUCAACAUUCUAAAUAGUCGUUUUAAAUGACUCUGGACAUUUAACCAAGACGAGGAUGAACCGAAUGGCUCCCCACUACUAUGCUCCCCCUGUCCCCCCUCCGCUCCCUAGAAAGGGAAUUCUCAUGCUCCCUCCUCCACCCCCUCCAAUGUCAAGUAUUCCUCGUGCUCCAGGCUCCAUGGAUCCUCUCCUUGCUAAAAGCUCCACCUGGAGUUAUAAACCUGGUUUUGGAAACCCGGCCAAUCUGAUCCCAAUGGGAAGUGGAGAACGAAUUCGUCCUGAGAAAAUUAAUAGACGAGGUUUGCAUUCUCUCUCAACCUUUGAUUAUGAGGAGCUCGGAGCUCGCCCUGCCUCACAGAACACUGCUAGUGCAAUGACUAUAGCAGACGUAUCUCCUAGGUUAGCCUUACAGAGAAUCCUAAUGCUCUACGAGAACGGAGAUCACAGAGAAGCUGCAGCAUUUCUCCGCCGUCUUUCUCCGCCAACCUUCCGCCAGCUCCUCCCCCAGCUCCCUGCAGAUCUUUUCAUCGAAUCCAUGCCUCACUCUCUUCCAAUCCUGGAGGCAUUGUACGCUAAGCUGUUCCUUGCUGGAGAAACUAUCUGGCAUGAGACCAGAGCUGCAUCAAACCUGAGACCUGAGGCGGUAGUUUGGCAAAUGGUGAGAUUCUUUGCAUCCCAGGAGGAUGGACUCAUCGGUCAAAUGAGAUGGGAGUUCUGUGGUCCAUUUAUAUCCUCCUGUAAACGUCUGCUUAGUGUUUUAUUAUCAGCAGAACCAAAAGUGAGAAGGAUUCUUUUCGAACGAAAGAAAGCUCUACAAAAAGCAAUCGAAGGUUUAGGACAGCAUGGCAUGGUUGGAACCUCGGAUGAACGAUUGAUGAAUUUACAUGAUGCGCUCAAGCUUGAGUUCCAACAGGUUCAGAGGAGUUACACCAGUGCUCUGGAGCAACUGGAGAAUUUAUCCCUGGUGGUUGGGAAGGGAGCUAAGGGUCAGGUUGGACAGGGUAAAGCUCCAAUUGCUCAAAGUCAUCAAAGACAACUAUCUCUGAAAGCUGAUGAGAUCCAGGAGAGAUUAAUCAAGAACAAGACUCUCCUCAACGUGGUUGAACCCACCCUGGAGAACACGUCCCUCGAGGUUCUACUCGGUAUUCUCCAGCAGCGAAUAGAACUGGAUAAGGAAUGUAUGUUCCAGUUUACACAGCUCCGGAAAGAAGUCCGUCUGGUGGACGGACAAACCAGUGUUGCUCCGGUCCUUAUGCGCUACCAGAGAGGGUGUCAACAGGUACUGGAGCUAAUGCAGGAGGUUCGGGACGAAGGAGAAGACGAAGGACAGCACAGUGAUUUAUCUCCCUACCAGAGCGACUCGGACUCUGCUGUAAUGAUGUCUGGAAAUUCACCAUUCAUUUCGAAGUUGUUCAUUCCUCCAGUUCUUCUUUCCUCCAGGUAUAUAUUUAUACUUACUUCUCCUUCCCUAGUUCUUCAUUCCUCCAGUGGAGUUAGCUCUGGGUCUGGUAGUUCUGAUACAGCUAGUAACGAGGAUAAGAGCGAGAUCCCUGUUACAUCCUCUUCAUCCUCAUCCAACUCUACAAAGAGAAGAUCAGAGAACAGAUCCGUCCCGAGACCCAGACAUCUCAAACCAAAGAAAGAUAUUUACAAAUCCUCAUCAGUUUCUGGAAGUAUGAAGGGGGUGGUUUGCUCCAAGUGUGAGGAUGAGGAGGACGGAGAACCUGUGUAUCAGGGUAUACAUGAGAUCAAGAAGGAUCAGGAUGAAGAGAUGAGAAAACUAAAGGUAGAGAUAUCAAGACUCAAUGAGGAGCUAGGAAAAGCCAGGCAGACGGUUCACAGUCUCCAGGAGGACAUGGAGAAGAAGAAUGUUGGAACCCUAUCCUCUCCGGAGAAAAAGGCCGGGGUUCUAGUACGAAAAUACGGAGAACUGUACGCACAAACCCGACUGGACACCAUGGAUAGCUUAGAUCGUCUCCCUGAGCUGAACGGGUUGGAUGAUCUGAAGAGUAAACUUCUCUUCUCCGUUAUUGUUCUUUCCUUCCGUUCCGUAAACUCUACCGUGGACACGAAGAAAGAUCAGGUUCGGAGAAUCCUCCAGCUUCCCCCAACCCAGGAGCCCAGGGUUAAAGAAAUAGAAGUUGCUUUAACUACAUAUUUGCGCAGAGCCACGGAGACAUUUGAUCUGUCCAAGAAUGUUGAGGAGGUUUGUAACCAGAUCUGGGCAACCCUGUACGAUUAUCCCUCCCUAAAGUCCUGCGACGGAUUGAUCAGAUACAUCAAGGAGUGCGUCCGGACCGCCUGGGGGCUCAUCAAUCAGACUCCGAGUUACAGCAUUGAGUACGAGACCAGACGAUUCCGUCCUGAGUUCCAUGUUAGGUUUCAUAGUUCUAACCUCUCCAGUACCACAAUAUCAACCUACCUAUGGCCAGCACUACUAGAGACACUAUCUGGCAACUGUGUACAGAAAGGGGUUGUUAUCACAUAAACAGUUGUAAAAGGUACCUGGAGAAUAGAAAUAUUGUGAAACCAGAAAGAGGCAAAUAUUUGAACCUGAAGAAUAUAUCCAACCCUAGAUAGAUUUUAUCUAAACCCGGAUAGAAUAUAUCCAAACCCAGAGAGAUUAUAUUUAAAUCCGGAUAGAAUAUAUCCAAACCAAGAGAAAUUAUAUCUAAACCCGGAUAGAAUUUAUCCAAACCCAGAGUCAAGGUUAUAUCUAAACUCGGUUAGAAUUUAUCCAAACCCAGAGAGAUUUUAUCUAAACCCGGAUAGAAUUUAUCCAAACCCGGUGUGACGUGAUAAUCAGCCUGUGCGUAAAAUAAUGUCCGGGCUACUGCAUUUUUUGACACUUUCCCUGGACAUUAUUGAAUUAUAAAAGCAUUUUUAUACACUUUCUGUUUGUAAACUAUGUUGUUUAAUAAAUUUUUAAAUGUAGAAAUACUAGAAAAAAAUGUAAAAAACCAUGGCAUGUACCAUUUAUGUAACGUUGAUUCGCAAUGUCGUAAUAUUUAAAGGAAUCUAAAAACAGAUAUUGUUAAAUUUGUUGAUUCAGGCCCAAUACAGUAGCCCAGACAUUAUAUCACGCCCGGGCGGAUUCUCACGUCACACCGGAUAGAAUAUAUCUAAACCCGGAUGGAAUAUAUCUAAACCCGGAUAGAAUAUAUCUAAACCCGGAUAGAAUAUAUCUAAACCCGGAUAGAAUGUAUCCAAUGAAGAAGCAAAUAUCUAAACCCAGAGAAAUUAUUCAACAGCAGAGUAUAUAUCUAAACCAGGAAAAAUAUACAGUAGGACCCAUAAAACUGUGCAAUAGGAAGACGACUUUUAAGCGUCUUUUGUAUAUUUGAUUUAAUUAUAAAGCAAGUGGUUUUAGCAGUGGCUUGAAAGAUCCACUUAUGUUAUGAAAUGGGUCUGUUUACACUAUACCAUGUGUUUCGGUGGACAAUUUAGAACUAUAACUUCAAUCUAACAGUCAAGGUUAUAAUGCAAUGAAAGUUAUUUCAGAGGUUUACACAUCUUCUGUGCUGUAGUGUACUGUCUCUAGGGGGUAAUGUAAACACAAGAUUGAGGAGACAGGUAGAGAGGGAGGGCGGAGGGUGUAAAGUCUAAUAAAGAGACGAAUAAUAAAAAUGCACAAUAAUUUUUAAAUUUUUUAAAAUGUUGAAGAUUUCUUUGUAAAUG